GCCGGGGGGCGCGGUCUGGGCGGGGCCGAGCUUAGUCACUCCAGGCGAGGCCAGGCCACGUGCUUCCCGAGUGGUCGUCAAAAAGGAGAGCGGAGGCGCGGGGCCCUCAGAGUGCACGCUGCAGCGAUGUCGGGGUCCUCCGCCAGGAGCCUGGGGAAAGGAAGCGCGCCCCCGGGCCCGGUCCCAGAGGGUGUGAUCCGCGUCUACAGCAUGAGGUUCUGCCCCUUCGCGCAGAGGACGCUGAUGGUCCUGAAGGCCAAGGGAAUCCGGCAUGAAAUCGUCAACAUCAACCUGAAAAACAAGCCCGAGUGGUUUUUUAAGAAGAAUCCCUUGGGGCUGGUGCCAGUUCUGGAGAACAGUCAGGGUCACCUGAUUUCCGAAUCUGUCAUCACUUGUGAGUACCUGGAUGAGGCUUACCCGGAAAAGAAGCUGUUUCCCGAUGACCCUUAUGAGAAAGCUCUCCAGAAGAUGACCUUUGAGCAGUUCUCUAAGGUGCCGCCACUGGUUGCAAGCUUUAUUAGGGCAAAGAGGAAGGAAGACCAUCCUGGAAUAAAAGAAGAAUUGAGGAGAGAAUUCAGCAAGCUGGAGGAGGCUAUGACUAAUGUGAAGACAGCCUUCUUUGGUGGGAAUUCUCUCUCUAUGAUUGAUUAUCUUAUUUGGCCUUGGUUUCAACGACUAGAAGCACUGGAACUCAAUGAGUGUAUAUCCCACACCCCAAAACUCAAGCUCUGGAUGGCAGCCAUGCAGAAAGACCCUGUGGCAUCAUCCCACUUCAUUGAUGCCAAGACCUAUCGUGAUUACUUAAGUCUCUACCUACAGGACAGCCCUGAGGCCUGUGACUAUGGGCUCUGAAGGGCAAGCAUCCUCACCGAACGAAUGAUGUUUUCCUUCACUGAGUGAAUAUCAUGCUUCCAUUUUACCCAUUAUUCUCACUGGCUCAAUUCUGACUAAUUUGACCUUAUGACUUCCAGGCCCCUCUACUACAUUUCUAUUUUGGCAUAAUCAAUUCUAAUGGUCCUAACAGUCUUGGCUGAAAAACCCUGAGCCAUCACCUCUAGUUUGACCAAGACUUCUAAUAUAGAUCUCUUGAUUAAAAAGAAAAAAAAAUGUCAAGUUGUUGAUUUAUUUUUAAAUUAAAAACUAAAUUCCCCAUUC